AUGUGGAAACAAAAACCGGGCAGUAAAGAUGUUUCGAGAGAUAAUGACACUGACAGUGGCAACGACGACCACACCCCCACCGCUGGCCCACCAGUCCAAGGGAAGCCGAGCCGAGUCUACAGCGACAUCCCCACAGAGCUCUUCACCAAGAGCUACUACUUUGGCUUCACCGACCAGUCGGAGGUGGAAAUGUGCAUCACCGAGUUCGGUCAGUUUGCUAUUUGGGGAGACGACUCCAAUGACAAGGUCGAACUCAAACUGACAGUAGGACAGUGGUCGGACGCAGGACAAGGCCUACAAAUCUUUCACAUACCUCUAACUCACACUAGCGACGAGACUGGUCUGUCGCCAAAGUUUUUCCGAAAAAGCGGUUGGAAGUUGGCGAAGAGCCAGUGGCUAGACAAAAGCAAGACCUACACCACUAUUCAGGAACUGAUCGAGUUUUGGGUCUCGAAGCGAAAACUUUCGAUUCCGGCUUCGCGACCAGACUUUUUGAUCCGCGAUCGAGAACUGAACAUUGGCAAGGUUAUUGGAGAAGGUAAAUUAAUUAUUCUUUCAGUAAAAAAAAUGUUUUAGGUAAAGAUUUAGGCAAAAAUCAGGAACGUAGGUAUAAAUUACUCCUACAACCACCUGCUUUUUGCUUCCAACCUGAUUUUAGGUAACUUCUGCGUGGUUUCGAAAGGAUUCUUCAGACACAAUCAGAAUGAUGCUCCAACAGAAUGUGCCGUUAAGGAAUUCAAGGAUACAGAAGGCACAGCUCAGGAAAGGAAAGGCGAAAAGGUUGAGAUGCGACGAGAGGCAUCUACGAUGCGGAUUCUGAAGCACUACAACAUCAUCCAGUUCUACGGGUUCGCUGCCGAUACUCCGAAUAUUAAAGUAAGUUGUACAUUAUCCAUAUAGUAAUGUAAAUUACGGUUUACUUACAUUAUCACAUGGAUAAUAUCUUUUUUAAAAUUAAAAACUUUGGAAAAUUCGUAGAAAUAAUUUUGUUGUAGUUGGUAAUGGAACUAUGUAAUGGAGGGUCGUUGCUCCACUUUCUACAAACAUUCAAAGAGGAGGUAACUACGAGUGAAAGGGUUUGGUUCGCUUUCGAAGUGAGUCGAGCCAUGAGAUACGUCGAGAGUGUUGGAGUUAUUCAUCGAGAUUUGGCCGCCAGAAAUUGCCUUAUUAGCCGGUUAGGAGUUGUCAAAGUAAGUUGGGAUGGAACCAAUUUCUGUGCUUUGUUUUUUAUAAAAUGAGGUCUAAUUUAAACUUACAGUCAGUAUAUUCUUAGAGUAAUAUUAUUGUUUUAGAUAGCCGACUUUGGCAUGAGUCGGAAGCAAACCGACCCUGAGGUGAUUAAAGCUAAAUUCCGAGCACCAAUCAGAUUAAUGAGUCCAGAAACAAUUGGAAAACAUCCAAAGUUCUCGAGUCGCAGCGAUGUUUGGUAUGAUAUAGUGUAUUAGUAGUUUUGACGGUUUAAACAUAAAUGUCAUGGAUUCCGGCUUGGCAUUUGUGAUUUUGUAAAUUUUGUAGUUUGGAACUACAGAAAUAAGUUUUGUUUGUGAUUUCAGGGCGUUUGGUAUGCUACUAUGGGAGAUAUUUACGAACGGUGACAUUGCUUGGCCAGAUUCGCCACCAAAAGUGAUCGCUCGAGCUAUUAAAGACUUGGACAUGCCAAUGUUUCCAGGUAUCAUGUUUUUCUGUCUGCUUUUAUUAGUUUUUAAAAACCAUUCUGAUUUCAUUUAUAUUUACAUUAUUUUGGCUAAUAUAUUAGUCUUAUCUACCCAUAUGUAAAUCAUAAACUAUUUAGCCAAAACCCCAUGUGAAAUCCAAGACUUGGUGAAUCUGAAGUGCUGGAUCAAGCCGUCGGCCGAUCGCAUCAACUUUGACUGUAUAUGCAAGUUUUUGCACACAUUGGUCAAAGAACUGUAUCGACCGCUGCCACCCCCAAUGCGAUGCAUUGCCAGGUUACCUGGCGUUACUGUGAAAGACCGUGAUGAUAUGGGCAUUGAUGGGCUGGCAUCAAGACACAAAAACAAGACUUCUACAUUGAAGGUAAGUUGAAGGCAGGGGUCGUUACAGAGUUGAUCUCAGGGGUACCUAUAGAAUGUGUGGCGUUAAAAAUAAAAGAUAAAGUUCAGUUUGUUUUGUGAAAAACAGGAUAUAAAGGUACAUGUGUUGAUUGUUAUAGACAUGCGAAGAAGGCCGUCGGUCAGCCAGAUCUAACAAAACAACGUCAGGGUCUCGCACUCGAUCAGUAGAUGAGAAACACUCUACGUCAAAAGCUCCAAAGAUCAGAAAGAAGAGUCAGAAGGUGACUGAAGAUGGUCGAGAACAAGCCUUGAUCAGAAAGGUGAUUUUUAACUCAUGAUAUAUUUGUUUUGUUUUAAAAGAGAUUUCGUGUAUAAAUUUAGCUUUUUGCAUAUUAAAAACGAAUUAAUUUUAGCGCGUCACCAGAAGUGAAGCCGAGUAG